AUGCUGCAGGUUCGCGCUGGGCCAACAGAGAGGACUCCGGCAGCCCUUCGCCUUGUUUUCUACCACCGCCCGCCCGCCUGCCAAGCCUGCGGCAAGACCACGGGUCACGAGACCACCUCCGCCACCGUCAGCGCCACCGGCAGCGCACCGGCACCCACCGACUCAGCGCGAGAACCGCGGCAGGCCAAGCACGGAGCGGACCACUGCCACCACCGCGGCGAGCCCCCAGAGAAAGCCCUCAACGCAAGACGUGCGAUUGGCGAGGUCGAUGAGCUGGUGGCCACGAUCAAGCGCACGCACCAACUCCACCCUUCGGCCGUGAGCGCCGUGCUGCCUCUGUUGGCGCGCACGCGACAAUGGGAAACGGCCGUUGAGCUGGUCGAACUCAUGCCCCGCCACGGCCACACUCCCAACCUGUUCGUGAUCAGCGGCCUGCUCAAAGUGCUGGGGCAGGCUCGACAACCGGACAACGCGCACUACUUGGCCGAGAUCGAGCGCAGGGGCCUCACGCCCGACUCCCACUGCUUCAGCGCGCUCAUCACCGCCCUGGGCGGCGCGGGCAGGGCCGACGAGGCCGAGCGCUACUUCGCCCGUAUGACCCAGCUGGGCCUGGCGCCCAACCUCCACUGCUUCAGCGCCCUCAUCAAUGCGCUGGGCAACGCCGGCAGGGUCGACGACGCCGAGCGCUGCUUCGACGCGAUGGACCAGCUGGGGGUGGUGCCCGACGCCCACUGCUUCAGCACCCUCAUCGCCGCGCUGGGCACCGCGGGCCGAGUCGCAGAAGCCGAACGCCACUUUGCCAAGAUGGAGAAGCUGGGCGUGGUGCCCGACCUUCACUGCUUCAGCACGCUCAUGUCGGCCCUCACCAAGGCGGGCAAAGUCGACGCUGCCCAGCACGUCUUCCACCAGAUCGCCUCGCGCGGCUUGAAGCCCGACCUGGUCUGCUUCAACGCGCUCAUCAGCGGCUUCGCAGACGCGGGACGAGCGGACGAAGCCGAGCACUGGUUCGCCAAGAUCACCACCACGGGCCGCCUCAAGCCCGACCGCAUAAGCUACAGUGCCCUCAUCCAGGCCAACGAGGUGGUGGCGCGGCCUGACAGGGCUCUUGCACUUUUGCAGGAGAUGACUCACAAGGUCCUCACUCUUUGCCUCUUAUUGGUGUGCGACCAAAAUGUGGUGAGCUACACCACGGUGAUCAGCUGCCUGGCCAAAGCCAGAGGCCGCCACCACAUGGACCAGGCGCAGGAGGUGUUCAACGAAAUGGUCAAGCAGGGCGUGCGACCAAAUGCCACGACCUUUGGUGCACUCAUCCACGGUCACGCCCUCAUGGGCGAUCUCGAAACAGCCAGGAGCAGACUGAAGCAAAUGAGCACAGAGUUUAACCUCGCCCCUGCCGCUGAGAUCCACAACAUCUUGAUGGAUGCCGAAAAGCGCGUGGCCACCGACCCUGUUGAGGCCUACCACCAGGUGUUGCGCGCUGUGGACCACAUGAAGCAGGAGGGCGUGCGGCCAGACCAUGCUACGUUCAGCAUCGUUAUCGACGCGGCGGGAUUCGCUGGCCUGCCGCACGAGGCCGAGCACCAGUUCCACGCCAUGACUUCGCUCCACGGCCUCCACCCGAACGCCAACAACUUCACGUCACUCAUCGAGGCGCUGGCCCGCAACGGCCAGCUGGACAAGGCCGAGGCCGUUCUCGACUCGCUCGCGGCGCGGCAGGCCACGUCGGCGCUGGAGCACGAUCGCCUCACGGCCAAGAGCUUCAACACGCUGCUCGGGUUCUGCAUCGGCGCCGGGGACGCGGCACGAGGCCAGCGGGUGGCGGCCAAGAUGCACCAGGCCGGCGUCGAACCGGAUGACAUCGGCCAGGCCAAGCUGCGCGACCUGGCCAAGCUUUGUGAGCGCCGUGCUGCACCACCCACACCUAAAUAA